AUGACUUCGACGGCUUUGUCGACUACGGCAUCAGCCUCGGCUACUGCAAUCAGUCAGGCGAGCGUUGCUGCUAACAUCCUGGUGAUUGCCAAAGAUGACACAUCUGCGAAGGUCGCCUACUCUGGUCUGAAUGCUUAUGGCAUUCCCUACACCGCCUUGAUUGUUCCACAGGCUGGUGUUUCUCUUCCUACUCUUAACAGCAGCUCCGGAGGUAACUUCGGUGGUAUUGUUGUUGCGUCCGAAGUCAGCUAUGACUACGGUGGUACCACUGGCUACCAGAGCGCAUUGACCACUGACCAAUGGAACCAGCUCUAUGCUUACCAACUUGCAUAUGGUGUUCGCAUGGUUCAGUAUGAUGUUUAUCCAGGUCCUGACUACGGCGCUACAGUCGUGAGCGGCGGAUGCUGUGAUACUGGCGUUGAGCAAGAAAUCUCCUUCACUGACGUUAGCGACUUCCCAACGUCUGGACUUCGCACUGGUGCCGGUGUAAGCACUGAGGGUCUGUGGCACUACCCUGCUACGGUUAGCGACACCACUACUACCAAACAGAUUGCAUCCUUUGCUGCAAACUCUGUUACCGCUAGCGACUCGGUUGCCGCUGUCAUAAACAACUUCAGUGGCCGUCAGCAAAUGGUAUUCUUCAUUUCUUUUGACACUACCUGGAGUGCUACCUCCAACUAUUUGCAGCAUGCUUGGAUCACCUGGAUCACGCGCGGACUUUACGCUGGGUACCGUCGUGUCAACAUGAACACUCAAAUUGAUGAUAUGUUCCUGGAGACCGACAUCUAUCAGCCAAACGGAACCACCUUCCGCAUCCGCAACGAGGAUCUCGACAAUGUCCGUGAUUGGAUUCCGACCAUCCUAGCCAAGAUGAAUGCUGGUAGCGUCUAUUUUCCCGAAGUCGGGCACAACGGAAAUGGUAAUAUUGAGAACUCCUCCAACACUGAUGCCGGCUAUACUGCCUGCAAUGAUGGUGCUAUUGAGUAUGACUCUCCUGCAGACACUGCUCUAGAGUUUGAGAAGCCACUCGGUACUGGUACCAAUCUGUGGCCCUCAACGCCCACCGUCUAUGACUGGACUACCGGCUGCACUCAGCGGGAUCCUCUGCUUCAAUGGUGGACUACCUCCAGCAACCUGAAUAGUUUUGGCUCUAUUUCCCAUACUUUCACUCACGAGGAGCAGAAUAACGCGACCUACUCUGAUGUGUAUAAGGAGAUUAGUUUCAACCAGGCUUGGCUCAAGCAGAAUGGAAUUGAUCAGUCUACGCACUUUACCGCCAAUGGUAUUAUUCCUCCUGCGAUCACUGGUUUGCACAACGGUGAUGCGCUGCGUGCCUGGUGGGAAAAUGGCAUCACAAACUGCGUUGGUGACAACACUCGUCCCGCCCUUUUGAACACCCAGAAUGCUAUGUGGCCGUACUGGACUGUGACCUCCACCGACGGCUUUGAUGGUAUGCAGGUUAACCCUCGCUGGGCGACCCGUAUCUACUACAAUUGUGACACUCCUUCUUGCACUACUCAGGAGUGGAUCGAUACCUCUGCUGGCAGUGGCACUUUCGAUGACCUGUUGGCUACCGAGAAGGCUGACACCAUGCGCCACUUCUUCGGUCUUUACCAUGACGGUUACAUGUUCCAUCAGGCUAACCUGCGCAAUGCCGACGUUGACGCUAUCACCAUUAACGGUGUUAGCGCCAAGUACUCCAUCUUUCAGGCCUGGGUCGAGACUCAGGUUCAGGAGUUUGUCCGUCUCGUCGAGUGGCCUCUAGUUACUCUCAAGCACGCUGAUAUGUCGGCCCAGUUCCUGGCCCGGUACAACCGCGAUGCUUGCGGCUACUCCAUGAGCUACAUCACUAAGAACUCGCAGAUCACUGGUGUCACUGUUACAGCCACCGACACUACCUGCAGCGAGCUCAUCCCUGUUACCUUCCCUGUUGCCCCGGCUGACACCAAGGGCUUCACCACUGAGCAGUUGGGCAGCGACCCGACCACCGUCUGGGUUCAGCUCUCCGGCUCCCCAGUCACCUUUACGCUGUCUACCCCGAUUUCCCUAUCCUAG